ACCUGUACGGGAGAUGAGCAUUGAUUUUCGGACCCGCUUCUAUGGGAGACACCACAGACCGGUGAGCACCUUGCUGCGUCUGCCGGGGAGCGACGCUCGUCACCGCAGGUCGCGCAAUUAGACUGAACCCUGUCCGUUCCUGAAGUUACACGGGAGAAAAGCGACUGCGACAUAUGCAUCCUCCGAUUUUUUACCCCAGUUUUGGCCACCGGCUGCUUUUAUCCAAACGCUUUUAUUGUAUCUGAUUACUCCUGCCGGGCGAUUAUUGUUGCUCUCUCUCCUUUUUUUUUUCUUUCUUUUUUUUUCCCAUCUUUUCCGGACGGAAAGGCAGACCUGACAGAAGGGGGAUAUCUUUACCAGAAUAAACUCGCAUAUGGUCGUUUCACAGGAUGAGAAGACUAUGAGCUGACACACUCCAGUUUUUUUUUCUCCUGCGCUGCACCGGAUUUGGGUUUGUUCCUGCUGUCACAUGCAAGGAGCCACUGCCUGUAACAACGCUGCAUAGAGAGAGAGAAACCUUUGUGUUGCGAAGGCUGGAAACACAUUAAGUGUCAUGGAUCUAAAAGACUAUUACCUGUUGGGUGCCCUUCUCGCCUGCAUAUGGCUAGAUCCGUCAAUAGCCCAGGAGCUGAUCUACCCCAUCAGAGAGGAGCUGCAAGAAAAUGUCCUCAUUGGAAACAUACCAAAGGACCUAAACAUUUCCCAUACGAAUGCCGCCACUGGAGCAAGCGCUAAUCUUGUGUACCGGCUCGUCUCCAAAGCAGGAGAUAACCCACUGGUCCGCGUUUUGAGCAGCACUGGAGAGAUAUUCACAACAUCAAAUCGAAUCGACAGAGAGAAGUUGUGCCCCGGUCCCUCGUUUGAGGACAGCGAGUGCUCCUUUGAAAUUGAAGUGGUCAUCCUGCCUAAUGACUAUUUCAGGCUGAUUAAGAUCAAAAUAAUCGUCAAAGACACAAACGACAAUGCCCCCAUGUUUCCUUCCCCUGUGAUCAACAUCUCCAUCCCAGAAAACACGCUCAUUAACAGCCGCUUUGCUAUUCCUUCAGCCACUGACCCAGACACUGGCCCCAACAGUGUCCACAAAUAUGAGCUGAUCAACGGGCAAAGUGCCUUCGGCUUAGACAUAGUAGAAACGCCUGAGGGGGAGAAGUGGCCCCAGCUCAUUGUGCAGCAGAAUCUGGACAGAGAGCAGAAGGAUACAUAUGUGAUGAAGAUUAAGGUGGAGGACGGUGGCAGUCCACAGAAAUCAAGCACUGCUAUUCUCCAGGUGACUGUAACGGAUGUCAAUGACAACAGACCUGUGUUUAAAGACAGCCAGAUAGAGGUUCACAUACCAGAGAAUUCCCCUAUUGGCACGUCUGUGGUGCAGCUUCAGGCCACAGAUGCAGACAUCGGGGCAAAUGCUGAAAUACAUUAUGUAUUUGGGACUCAGGUGUCUCCUGCUACGAAAAGACUUUUUGCAUUAAACACAACAUCUGGCCUAAUUACAGUGCAGCGACCUCUGGACAGAGAGGAGACAGCUAUUCAUAAGCUCUCUGUUUUAGCCAGCGAUGGCAGCUCAAGUCCAGCCAGAGCUACUGUUUCCAUAAACGUGACUGAUGUUAAUGACAAUCCACCUAAUAUAGACCUGAGAUACAUAAUAAGUCCCAUUAAUGGCACUGUUUUCCUCUCGGAGAAAGAUCCCAUCAAUACCAAGAUCGCUCUCAUCACAGUGUCAGACAAAGACACUGACAUCAAUGGCAAGGUCAUUUGUUUUAUAGAGAAGGAUGUGCCCUUCCAUCUCAAAGCUGUGUAUGACAACCAGUAUCUGUUAGAGACAUCUGCGCUGCUAGACUACGAAGGGACGAAGGAAUACAACUUUAAAAUCGUAGCCUCGGACUCUGGGAAGCCAAGUUUGAAUCAGACUGCCUUGGUGAGAGUGAGGCUGGAGGACGAGAAUGACAACCCGCCUAUUUUUACUCAGCCAGUUAUUGAGCUGGCUGUUAUGGAAAACAACAAACGCGACCUGUUUCUCACCACUCUCAGCGCCACGGAUGAGGACAGUGGGAAAAACGCUGAGAUUGUCUAUCAGCUGGGACCAAAUGCUUCAUUUUUUGAUCUUGACCGCAAGACGGGGGUCCUGACCGCAUCCAGGGUUUUUGACAGGGAGGAUCAGGACAGGUUCCUCUUCACCGUAACAGCAAGAGAUAACGGGACGCCCCCUCUGCAAACACAGGCAGCUGUUAUUGUAACUGUGUUGGAUGAAAAUGAUAACAACCCCAAGUUCACACAUAACCACUUUCAAUUCUUUGUGUCGGAGAAUCUUCCUAAGUACAGCACUGUGGGGGUGAUAACUGUGACAGAUUCAGAUGCCGGAGAAAAUGCUGCUGUUUCUCUUUCUAUCCUGAAUGACAAUGAGAACUUUAUACUCGAUCCUUACUCUGGAGUGAUAAAAUCUAAUGUGUCAUUUGACAGGGAGCAACAGAGCUCCUACACUUUUGAUGUUAGGGCGGUGGACAGUGGCAGGCCUCCUUGCUCGUCAGCUGCCAAGGUGACUAUCAAUGUCAUUGAUGUGAACGACAACACGCCUAUCGUCAUCUUUCCCCACUCCAACACAUCCUUCAAGCUUGUCCCGCUCUCAUCUAUCCCGGGAUCAGUGGUCGCAGAAGUGUUUGCUGUAGACGGUGACACGGGGAUGAAUGCAGAACUCAAAUACACUAUUGUGAGCGGCAACAACAAGGGCCUGUUCAGAAUUGACCCAGUCACAGGGAAUAUCACUUUGGAGGAAAAACCCGCCCUGACCGACAUAGGCUUACAUAGAUUAGUGGUCAAUAUCAGUGACCUGGGAUAUCCUAAAUCUCUUCAUACUCUGGUACUGGUGUUUCUUUAUGUCAAUGACACUGUGGGAAACUCAACACUCAUCUACGAUCUCAUUCGCCGCACCAUGGAAACCCCAAUUGACCGAAACAUUGGUGAAAGUAGUGAAACUUAUCAGAGCGGUGACUAUUUAACGAUCAUGAUAGCCUUUGUUACUGGUGCUUUAGUGGUGAUCAUUGUCAUCUUUGUCACCGUCCUGCUGCGCUGCCGACACGCUUCCAGGUUCAAAGCGGCACAGAGAAAAAAGCAAGGGGCUGAGUGGAUGUCACCUAACACAGAAAACAAGCAGAACAAGAAGAAAAAGCGCAAGAAAAGGAAAUCCCCCAAAAGCUCCCUGCUUAACUUUGUCACCAUUGAGGGCAACAAACCUGACGAUCCUGCCCAUGAGCCAAUCAACGGAACCAUCAGUCUACCCACCGAGCUGGAGGAGCAAGGGAUUGGACGCUUUGAUUGGAAUGCCACACCUACCACCACCUUCAAACCCAGCAGUCCAGACCUGGCCCGGCACUACAAGUCCGCCUCGCCGCAGUCGGCCUUUCACCUCAAGGCUGACACGCCUGUCUCAGUGAAGAAGCAUCACGUGAUUCAGGAGCUCCCGUUGGAUAACACAUUUGUUGGGGGCUGUGACACCCUCUCCAAGAGAUCCUCCACGAGCUCCGACCACUUCAGUGCCUCAGAGUGCAGCUCCCAAGGAGGGUUCAAGACGAAGGGGCCCAUGCACACCAGACAGCAGGGGACAUUAACUCGUGCCCGAACUGAACUGAACCCUGAAUAUCUGGACCUCCGUCCGAGAGCCGAGCUGAACCCUGAAUAUUGGACCCCUUGCACCCCUUUAUCACAGCGGCGCGUCACGUUUCACCUGCCGGACGGCUCUCAGGAGAGCUGCAGUGACAGCGGUCUGGGGGACCACGAGCCUGUAGGCAGUGGCUCCCUCCUCACACAACCUCUCCCUCUGGUGCAGGCGCAGGACGACUUCUACGAGCAGGCCUCCCCCGAUAAGAGGACUGAAGCUGACGGCAACUCCGAUCCCAACUCUGAUGGACCUCUAGGACCACGGGGCCUGGUGGAAGCUACAGAGAUGUGCACACAGGAGUGCCUUGUCCUGGGACAUUCAGACAACUGCUGGAUGCCUCCAACACUGGGAACAUACCAGCAGCCCAAGUCACCGGUGUCCAGUUUUUCUCAGAGGGAGUGGGGUCCGAAGGACAAACUCCUCAACGGACACACUCUGACCCGAGCAUGGAAAAAUGAGAGCGGGCGGUCGGAGCAUUUUGGCGACAGGAAGCAGUUUGGGAGUGGAGAGGGACAUUUCACCAGCAGUGGCAUGGCUGAUAUUCCUUUGGUGAGUCUGAAGUCCUGCCAGCCGGCCUCCUGCCCAGACAGCCCAAAGGACCAGCAGCUAUAAGAGGGACAUCGCUUCUGUGCUGCGAGACGCCCUUACGUCCGGACACAGUAAACAGGCUGAGCCGCUCGUCACAACAGCUCCUCUCCUGUUUUAUCGGGUUGUUUUUUGUUUUUGUUUUUUUUUUUUUUCUCUCUCCUUUCUUGCUUCAUCUCCUCCCACUUAAGUUGAUGCUUCUGCAGUGUGGUAGCCACAUGUACUAUGUAGGCCACAAUAUAGUGCUUUUGCUGUGUUCUCGACAAUUCAACUUUACUAUGACUUGAAGGAGAACUUUUUUUUGUGACCCUCCGUGGAUUUCCUCAGUGUUCAGUAACAUUUCCUGUCCACUUCACGAGUGAGCUGGACAAGUGGAGGAAGGACAUUCACAAAAUGGAGAAAAUAAGAACAAAUUACUAGAAAAAAAAAAAAAAAAAAAAAAAAAAACUCCAAUGGCCGAUAUAUACAAAUAUUUGUGGUGUGGUUGUUAUUGAGUUGUUCGGGACUAUAUUAAUCGACACAAUCAAAGAAAAUGGAAUUACAUUACAGAGAGUGUUGUUCUGAUAACACUGUUCGUGGACACUUGUUUAUUCUGUCAUUGUCUGUGUGUUUGUAAAUAAGACUUAUUAACCACUACCAUGUAUCUGUAAUAUCCACAGUGAAUAGGACAGUUCCUGGCUGUUGUCAUCAUAAAGGCUUGUCAUCAGGAUUUGGGAUUUCAACUGGAAGAAGAUCUAUGAUACUGCAUAACAUACAACUUGAAGACCUUUAGACCUACCUAAUUCUUUACGAACCACACAGUUAAUUUAAAAAAAAAAAAAAAGGAGUUUCUAUCCCACAAUAUACUGAGUGUUGCCCAUAUCUCAUGAUAAUUUUUCUCCAAGUAAUGCAAAACCACAGGCAAACCUUUUUUUAAAAAAAACAUUUUGUAUGAAAGAUGUCAGUGCUCAAUAUGUGCAUUAUAAAAAUGAAAAGCUCUGAAAGUUCUCUAUAAACCGAUUUUGAAAGUGUUCAGUACAAUUAAAUAGCAAUAUAUUUGUAAAUGGCUAAAUGUUUUAUCUAACGUUGAUCUUAUUACUGUAUAGAUUUUAUUCAAAAUUGUGAUUUGACUGAGUGCAACUCCUCAGUAGUACCUGCAAUUUAUUGACAUACAGUAUGUAUAUAUCUAUAUAUAUUAUUAUUUCCACACAGACUAUUACUUUCCAUGCAUAAGAAAUCACAGGUAAAAGUAACACUUCAAUCACUGUGCCUUCAUGACAUUUCUUCAAACACUGAAUUAUGCUUAUUUAAAAGAUAAAGAAACAUGUUGGCUACAAAGUUUAUUCUGUCUGAUAAUCAAAUGCCUUAUGCAUUGAAUGUUUUUACUUUUUGCCAAAUUUAGGGACGUAAUCACACAGAUGCUAAAGUUCAAAAUGAAGUGGUGGAUACUGAAGAUAAACACAACGGCAUGUGCAAAUCAUGGGUCAGCUGUGAAAGAUCAUCUGCCAUCCCACUGUCUGAAAAGAUUUGUUUUAUUCCACAGCAUGGAAGGCAAAUUACACAAUGGAACAGCAUGCUAAACGAUAUAGCUUUUAAAAUUACCUUUGAUCAUUCUUUGUGUCAUUUGAUUCUGUUGGAAUAGAGUUGAUUUGUGCAUUAAGGAGACCUUUUGGUUUGUAAAGCACUUUCAUAUUUAUGUCACAAUAUAAAGAAGUUAAAUGGGAUGGAGUGAUUUGCUUACCGCAGUAUGUUUGUCAGUUGUGAGGGUGUUUGACAUCACAGAUACUGAAACAGUUAAUCCUUGUUACUACUCUACAGGUAUACAGCUACUGCAAUAAAUGUUUUAAUUAUGUGUAUGCCUACUUUGUGUGCAGGAUGGUCGCCUCGGGGGAUCUGUGUCUGUUUUGUCAGCUAAAACACUUUAACUUGAGUAAUUUGAC